GAGUUGUAUAAAAUCAGUUAUUCGAAUGUUCAUAUCCGAAGUGUCUUCUGACAAGUAAUUUUAUUUCUUUCAACGAUGAACUGCAAUCAGUUAUUCAGAAUUGUCAUUUGGGUUACCAAGUUGCUGGUGUUGAUAGAAUGUCAGUGUACCAUAAGUAUCGUAGAUCCAGAAUGGAACAAACAGUGGUAUCUUCAAAAGAACAGAAUGUAUAGAUAUGACAUGAAUGUAAUGCCAGCAUGGAGAAGUUGUGUUGAUGGUACUGGAGUGACAGUGGGUGUUGUUGACAAAGGGGUUGAGGAUCAUAGUGACCUAAACAUUAAUAGGUAUCUGGAUACUUCGAGAAGACAGAGAUGGGAAGAUCAAUACAAUGCUAGGACACGCCAGUCAUCAAGGAAUAGGCAUCUUGAUAACAGGAGAAGACCGAGAUGGGAAGAUCAAUACAAUGCUAGGACACGCCAGCCAUCACGGGAAGGCUUUGGGUAUUAUAGGAACAGCCAGACUAGUCGAUAUCAAGAAAUAUUAAAACAUGGCACAAGAGUAGCCGGUAUUGUGGCAGCGAAGAAGAAUCAGAUGGGUAUAAUUGGAAUUGCAUUUGGAGCCCAAAUUGCUGAUGUACAAAUAGCAUCAUCAUCCGUAUUUGAAAAUUUCAAUGCGUCUUUAUUGAGACAUCGUGAUGAUGUUAUAGAUAUAUACAGUUGUAGUUUUGCCAACUUCCAUACUGGAACGAAGACCUAUCCUUUGCUUCACGAACAAAAAAGUGCCUUAGAAUCUGGAACAACCCAGGGUCGAAAUGGUCUUGGAUCUGUGUAUGUUUUUGCUACUGGAAAUAGUGGUGGUGAUGAUAGAGAUGUUUUCCGUGAUAGCUGUGCUUAUGACAGACUGGUUACCAAUAGAUACGUAAUUUCUGUAGCAGGUAUUCAGCAUGAUCUUCAGAAACUCCCAAACGGCGAAGCUUGUAGUGCUAUGAUGGUUACAGCUUUUACGGCAAAAGCAGGUGCCCAGAAUAUAGGGAAAGUGAUAACCACGGAUAUUGGAAACACAACCACAGAUCACUUUAACCAAAACUCAGCAGCGGCACCUAUGGUAUCCGGUGCUGUAGCUCUUGCUUUAAGUGCGAAUUCAGCUUUAACUUAUCGGGACAUUAUGCAUCUACUGGUAAAGACGUCAAGAAGUAAUCUUACAAAUCAAUACAGAACCAAUUUCUUUAGAAAUGCUGCAGGAAUCUACGUAUCAUCAUAUUUUGGAUUUGGAUUAAUUGAUAUCGGCAUGCUAGUCGAAAGGAGCAAAACCUGGAGGAACGUCCCACCUAUACAAUAUUGUAGAGCAGAAAAAACGUUUGACAGUCCACUGAACAGUGACUCCACUUAUUUUAUGGUUCAAGUCACUGGAUGCUCUGCUACAUAUAUAGAACAUGUUGAAAUAUCAUUAAAAGUAGACCAUCAACACGCAGGACAGAUUCAAUGGGUUCUCGUAUCUCCGUAUGGCACAAAAUCUAAAAUUCUUCCCGGUAGAGGUCUCGAUCCUACAACAAAUAUGGACAUUACUGUUUUAACUGUUCAACUGUGGGGAGAAAAUCCUAAUGGAUUAUGGAAAUUUGAACCCACAGCUGUGUUUGGUAAAACUCUUGAUCACGGCACUGUAGAAUCAGUAGGUCUAUCGAUUCAUGGAUAUACGUGUCAAGGUCAGCAUUGUCUACCACCUGCUGAACAAGGCGUAGGAAGUUGGGGUAAUUGGCUUUCAUGGUCAGAGUGCACAGGUACAUGUGGUCAAGGAAUUAAAAGUCGAAGUAGACAAUGUAACGUCAAGAGUAAUUCAGCAUAUUGUGCAGGGGACAGUUCUCAAACAGAAUUAUGUCCUCUUUCUAAUUGUCAGCCUGAUAUACAGUCAGAGAUCACAUCUAGUGGAUGUCCAUCUCCAGCAUCAUUACCAACAAGAUGUGUUGAACAGUGUUCGAGCAACCGGAAUUGUAGGGGACAAAGGAAAUGUUGUUAUAACGGGUGUGGUCAUACAUGUGAGACAUCUAGAACACGGAUCACGUUUAGUGGAUGUCCAUCUCCAGCAUCAUUACCAACAAGAUGUGUUGAACAGUGUUCGAGCGACUGGGAUUGUAGGGGACAAGGGAAAUGUUGUUAUAACGGGUGUGGUCAUACAUGUGAGACAUCUAGAUCACAUCAUACAACACCGACACCCACAGCUCGGACAGUGCAAGGGAUGGAAUACUGGAGAGAAUGGUCAGAAUGGUCAACAUGUUCUGUUACUUGUGGUUAUGGAACUAGUUCAAGGACAUGCACUAGAACUACUUUUAGAUGCAGGGUUGGUAGUCGACAAAUAAAGGACUGUUAUAAUGGUGAAUGCCCACAUCAAACAAUACAAGAACCCAGAGAGCAGUCAAGGCCAGAUUGCUCUGAUAGUUUUGAUAAUUGCCGCUCAUUUACCCGCCUAGAAGUAUGCUAUACCUUGGAAUAUGCAAACACUCAUUGUCGAAAAAGAUGUGGACUAUGUUGAGUAAUAGCUGGAUAGUUUAAAUUGAAACCAAUGUAAUAAAACAUUUAAAUGAAA